AGUGGCGACGAGGAUGGGAUAGUAUAUCUUCCGCUGCUCUGUCGGCAGACAUGGUCAGCUAUGCAGUUCCGCCGCAGUUCGACGAGGCCGUUGACAAAUGGCCCGCUUACCAAAUCCGUCUGGAGGCGUUCUUCGAAGGCAACGGGGUGACAGACGGGAAGAAGAAACGCGCCUUACUCGUCGCAGCGCUGAGUACCAACACCGUGGACGUCAUCAGCGGACGCUGUGCUCCAGCAAAGGCCGUACCGGCGAUGGCCGCGGGGCGGAUCCAACGGUGGGCUCUGCUGCUGGGGGCCUACAACUACGUCAUCCAGCACAAGGACGGCAAAGCCAAUAUUCCGGCCGACGCACUCAGCCGGCUUCCAGCGUCUGGAUCAGCACCCCCUGAAUCGGCGGAAGACGUGGAUGGCUGUGGCAAGACCCCGGCCAUGCUGCUAAUGGGAUACGAGCUGCGCUCAAGGCUAGAUAAUGCGGUCGUACCCCCACCAUCACGAGUCAACGAUCGGAACGACACUUAUACCAACAAUCCUGUCCACACAGGGGAACCAGUAUGGGUGCGAAAUUUUGGAAGAGGUGAACUGUGGACACCAGCUAGAGUACAGUCCACGGACGGCGCACGCAUGGUCACCGCCGACGGCAACGAGGGAGACGUCCUUCACAGACACCUCGAUCAAGUCAAGCCCCGGCUUCCCGAAAGUCCACCGGAAAGUGCUUCCAGUCCGUCACGUCUCCCGCCGCCGGAGGCAGCGCCAGGCCUGCAGCGACCGACUCGAACAAGGAGAGCCCCAGUGCGGUUUUCCCCCUAG